UUAGGCUACGUGAUACUCAGACUUUUUAACCGUUUUAAAAGCUUACGCAGUUAAAGAAAUAAUUUUGAAUUGAACAAAAUGACAGACAGAUAAAUAAUUGGCAUACUCGCAUAGCUUCACAGGACUAUGAAUGAGGACCAAAUCAUUUAACUGUGAGGUGAUCACGCUCCUCGUGCUGACUAUCAUCCCCUGGCCAGGCCCCACCAUCUUCAAGAUAUCAUGCCCCCGAGACCACGCCUCCAUCGUCAGGACCCUUGUACAGAAGAAGUGGGUGCCUGUGCUGGAGAAGCACCAGGUGCGCAUCCCGGUGGAGUGCCCGUUCCACCCGACCCGGGACAUCUACUGGCCGCAGCAGGCCGCCAAGCUGCAGCACCGCCCCUCGCAGUGGACGUGCGGUCUGUGCGGCAAGUCCUUCUACGAGGAGCGCUUCCUCGACCUGCACUUUGACAACCGCCACAGGGACCACAUCAACAUGGCGGAGGACGCGGUGUGCCUGGCCGACUACUGCGACAUGAUGCGCUGCGAGGUGCUGCUGAGCCAGGAGGACGAGGCGCCCCUGGCGGCGGCCCGCGUCAACACGGACCUCGAGGUGUGGAGCGAGGCGGCCGCCCACCGCACCGCGCUGUCGCUGUCCGGGCCCAGGGACCUGGCGCGGGUGCUGCUGCAGGGACCGGGCGCCCAGACGCUCCCGCCGCCGCACCCGGCCCGCCCCCGGCGCCGCCCGCCGCCCCGGGGCAACGACACGUGCGGCAUGGUGGACAGCGCGCUGCCCCCCGCCGACACCCAGCAGCGGCGCCUGGGCGAGCUGCAGCGGCUCAAGGCCAACUGCAAGCCCGAGGAGCUGCACAAGCUCAAGUUGCGCUGCGAGAUAUUAAUCAGAGACUGCAUAGCUGGGCUCCUAGUAAACUUGUCCAUCCAAGAUUUCAAGGAUGUUGAAGAGGAGCUGAACAGGGCCGUGUGCUGGUACCUGACGUGCGACCGCUACUGGGAGGACUCCCCCGCCGACGCCCGCCUCUUCCCCUGGGGCCUGGUCUUUGUGCUGGUGAUGGUGCUGUCGCUGGGUAUAUGCCUUUGUUACUACAUCAUCUGGGUUCUGUUCGAUACAGAUGACACGAGCGUGGCUAGCGCCAGCGCCGCCGGCUCCCCGGCGCACCAGCCCUGCUACUCGGAGGAGUGCUACGGCGACGCCGCCCAGAACGAACACUACAUCUACGUCACGUACCCGCCCGAGCUGAAGCGGAGGCUUCUAGAGAGCUGCUACAACAGGACGACAAGACUUUAAAACGUAGAAGAAAUGAGUCGUCCUUAUAAAAAUUUUCACUACCAUGAAACAAUUAGAAGAUGAACGGUGAUCAAAAGACAUGUAAAGUGGUUUGUAACAUGUAUCACAUAGAUACCUAAUAAAGUGUGUCAAACGGAAACAUCACAA